ACGCUGCACCCGGUAUCCGCCCAUAUUCGCGUCAGGCCAACCUCAGCUGAAUCGAGAGUAGCAGGCCAAACGCUGUAUCAAAUGGAAAGUUAAAUCGAUUAAUACCCUUACUUUUGUCUGCUUUUUAAAAAGAAGAUACAUUUACACAAAUGCGGCCGUUUCAGUGUAAAGUAGGAAAUGCAGAGAUCGUGUGAAAAAGGAGGAUUAUCUGCUUGACUUCUUAUUUGGUCGCUACUUCGGACGCGGAACUCCACACGCUAUAGGUGAACGAUGACCGAAUACAAGCUGGUGGUGGUGGGGGCAGGAGGUGUGGGCAAGAGCGCGCUCACCAUCCAGCUCAUCCAGAACCACUUUGUGGAUGAAUAUGACCCCACCAUCGAGGACUCAUACAGGAAGCAGGUGGUGAUUGACGGGGAGACGUGUCUGCUGGACAUCCUGGACACUGCAGGUCAGGAGGAGUACAGCGCCAUGAGGGACCAGUACAUGAGGACAGGGGAGGGCUUCCUCUGUGUCUUUGCCAUCAACAACACAAAGUCCUUCGAGGACAUCCACCACUAUAGAGAGCAGAUCAAGCGGGUGAAAGACUCGGAAGACGUGCCCAUGGUGCUGGUGGGAAACAAGUGUGACCUGCCGUCCCGGACGGUGGACACCAAACAGGCUCAGGACUUGGCGCGCAGCUACGGCAUCCCCUUCAUCGAGACUUCGGCCAAAACCAGACAGAGAGUGGAGGAUGCCUUUUACAGUCUGGUACGGGAGAUCAGGCUGUACCGGCUGAAAAAGCUCAGCAAGGAAGAAAAGACCCCGCGCUGCGUCAAGCUUAAAAAGUGUGUUGUGAUGUGAAAGGGGGUGUGGAUGAUGCCUUUUACACAUUAGUGCGGGAAAUCCGAAAACACAAGGAGAAGAUGAGCAAGGAGGGCAAGAAGAAGAAAAAGAAGUCCAAGACAAAGUGUUUACUCAUGUGAAUAAUGACCAGCCCCCUUUUCAAGAUAGACAAAAAAAAAGUGUUAAAACAGUUCAAGUAAUACAUUUUUGUACAUUACGCUAAAUUAUUAGCCUCUUUAUCUUAGCACCCAAAAUACUGAAUAUGGAAAUGAACCCUAUUUUCCUGCCCUUUUCUCUUAUUUUGAAACCAAUAAGCUUUACUUUCUGUUUAGUGCCAGUUGCCCAGAAGUGUUGGUCCAAUAGGUUGAUUAUCAAUUAGGAGAUGGUAAAACGAAAGGACUUUAUUCAACAGCCAAGUUCAUAACUGUAGGAAAUUUUGGACAACAGAAAAAGCAAGCCUAAAAAGCUUAUUUUCCCUCUGCUGGAGAGCAUGAGAUGCUCUUAACAGUAUGGGGUGCCAAAUAGUUGAAUCCCAUUCCAUUGUACAAGGAGUAACAACUGGGAGGCAGGACCAACACUUGAUUGGGGGAAAUUCCAAAUGUCCCGGCCACUGUGUGUAAUAAUGCCCAUCCUCCGACUUUAAACUCCUAGAUAUGAUUCAAUAAUGUCAUGCUGUACUUGAAGCAUGCAUGUGAACUUUACUACUGUAUCUAGUUUAAGAAAAUGUCCUGGUUAGCCAUUUUAAUUAAGUUGUAUUCUGUUAAUGCUUUUUUGUCAUUUGUGGGUAGUGAUUUCCUGCCUACAGGACUUUCAUUUUUGCAUGCAAUGUGUUCUUACUAGUCAAUGGGGAAUGGCACAGUUAUAAUAAUACUGUACAAUACUGAUACAGCCACUAAGGCCAGGAACGAGGAGCUCCUGUCCAGUUGGGCCACAUAGGCUUUUAUAGUGUUUCGGGCCUCAAGUCGAUCUAUAUUCACCAAACCCGAUCUGAUCUUUUAGGUAGAAACCAGGUGUUAAAUGGUGGGAAACCUUGUCAACAACUGAAACGCUCCAGGUGGCAGGUAUGAAGCAUCGGUAUCAGAACAGCAAGAUUCUCAGUGGUGUUGAAGAGGACAUGCAGCUCAUGUUGUGUUGCUCAGUGGCACCGCAUGUUGCUUAUACAAACGCCUCUACACAAUCCAGUGUCUCCUGUAGUUUUAUCAUGAACGUUUUAAAAGAGGAGUUAAUUGUUCAUCAAGAGAUCUUGUUUGCGUGAUGAAAUUCCCCUCAUCUCCUCAGGAUUGGUGUAUUUUGUGUCGUGUUCUGUGUUUUUGAAAGACAAACCUUUCCCAUUCAAGUAACACAUUUUUACCUGUUAGUUAAUCAACCAGUAAAUCAACAUUGGGGCUUCCUUGUUACAGCGUAACAUCCAAAUUGUUUUGAGUGCAAACAAAUAGCAGGCCUAAAUUAAACCUGAACUUUAAACCAAGUAAUCUAAUGAUGUGUAUGUGUUAUUCAGGUGAACUGUCUUACAGAAUAGUGAGUUACUGUUUUCAGAUGCGAGACAUAAGAUACCCCAUCAGAUCCUAACAGAAUAUGCCUUGCACUUUUCCCCAAGCCUCUGUACUUAUUGCUGCCAUAAACAUAAUAUCCUAUUUUUGGAUUGGCUAGAUUAGGCAAAGAAAAUCUUAAAGGCCUUUUUUUUGUUGUCCUACUACAGAUCUUCCUUUCUCAUUUUUUUGUUUUUGUUUUACUUCUGCAAAAGAUGCACCCCGUAGAAUCGUUGUCAUGCAAAGAGUGUUCAAAAAUCUAUUGUUCAUAUAAAUUUCUCAUUCUUCCUCGUGAAGUUAGAUUUUUUUGGGUUAGAGCUUGGGUGGGAAGGUGUUGAGUGGGUUUUGCUGGGCUGUGUUUCAAGUGAAAUGACUGGUCCAGUCCAAUAAUCUUUGUCAAAUGUAUUCCUUACAAAGGUUGUUGCUUCCUUGUGAUGUAACUGGAGCUGAUGUCUGUAAAUGAGGCAAUUACCAUUAAAUUCAUUUUUAGAGGAAAAAAACGUGUUAAUUUAUAAAAACACGGAAAAGUUGUUUUUUUCAGCGUUAUUUCACAACCUUAAAACCAGGGUUUUACCUUGAGGCUUCUUCCACAUUGCCUUUUGUGCUUUGCAUCGGAUGCUUCAGUCAGAUAGCUGUGGGAUACAUGUGAGCCGAGACUGCAUUAGGCUUCUUCCACAUUGCCUUUUGUGCUUUGCAUCGGGUGCUUCAGUCAGAUAGCUGUGGGAUACAUGUGAGCUGAGACUGCAUUAGGCUUCAUCCACAUUGCAUUUUGUGCUUUGCAUCGGGUGCUUCAGUCAGAUAGCUGUGGGAUACAUGUGAGCCGAGACUGCAUUAGGCUUCUUCCACAUUGCCUUUUGUGCUUUGCAUCGGGUGCUUCAGUCAGAUAGCUGUGGGAUACAUGUGAGCCGAGACUGCAUGAGGCUUCUUCCACAUUGCCUUUUGUGCUUUGCAUCGGAUGCUUCAGUCAGAUAGCUGUGGGAUACAUGUGAGCCGAGACUGCAUUAGGCUUCUUUGUCACGUCUGUUCAACUGCUACAAACUCUGCUGUUUGAGGGGAAUGAGAUUCUAAAGUGAAACAUAAUAUACAAUACAUUUAUUUAGGAUUUAUGCUUUUUUUGGCCCAAUUUUAUUACCUCUUUGUUCCUAAAGUUAGAUAUGAACUGUUAGCACAUUUUUUAUUAUGGGACGCCAUUUUGUUAACAAUACUGUAUCACAAAAAGUAAUUCUACCAAAAUGUUCCCCCUCCCUUUUAUUUUGCGUGCCAACUGCUGAUUUCUGAAAAAGAAGUAGCAUUUAUACCUGGAUCGUAUUUUAACAACCUUUUUGUAUACUUGUUAUACUGAAAGGUGCACAUUUUGUAAAUUGUGCUUAAUUUCUUUGUGUCUAAAUGAAUGUUGCUUUAAUGGAGUUUUCAGUACUAUCUCUUUUGUGUAUGAUGGGACUUGGGAGAGUGACUGGGUCCAGGUCUAGGGGAGUGAAUGACCACUGUUGAACACAUCCAUAGAGAGCUCUCUUUGGUCACUGUUUAGAGUGGUGAUCUGAUCCCAAAUCUGUCUUUUUUUUUGUGCCAUGAAUCUCACCACUCCUAUUUAAUGUGUAAUAAAGACAAAACAAUUAAGA